GCGAAUGGCAGCACUGGCCUUUGUGGUCGUGGCGAAUUUCCUUGUCGGAUUACUUCAUGAUGUGACGCGUAUGCAGAGGAUGAUGUGGUUUAUCAUUUCGCUGUUUCUGUCGAUUGAAAUCGUGGCUGUGCUUGUCAAAUGCAGUGCAGUCGGCAUACUCAUCCAGAGAAUCGACCCGAUAAGCAUGCGCCUGGUCGGUAUGCUUCCAUCAAUGGCGAUAGCGCGCAAUAGAAAUCUCCGCAGCAGCAUCCAGGGCUCUGUUGCCAACUUCUUCUCUUACCGGGAGAACCGCGCUGCAGCAGCGGGCAUUGCCGGCCUAGUGGGCAACUGCUCCAUCCACGAGGUCAUGACUCAAGCCAAAAAGCGGUUUCGCUGUGUGGACUUCUCCAGGCUUAGUCAAGACGAGCUGGCAAACAACAAGCCAAGUCCACAAGUCUUCCAGCUCUCGCGCGGCUUUAAGCUUGGAACAUGUGAUGCCUUCGUCUCCCACUCUUGGCAUGAUGAUGCUCCUGCCAAGUGGGAAGCGCUGAGCUGGUGGAAGUCCAAGUUCGAGGAGAGCAGGCAGCGCGCUCCCAACAUUUGGUUCGACAAGUGCUGCAUUGACCAGAACGACAUUGAGGCAGACUUGCGGUGUCUGCCCAUCUUCUUGAGCGGCUGCUCCGAGCUGGUCGUCUUCUGUGGCCCUACGUAUCUCAGUCGCUUGUGGUGUAUCGUCGAGCUCUUCACUUUUGUUCAUAUUGGAGGCAAUCUUCGCGAGAUCAACAUCAUCCCUGUCUUGCGACGUGGUCAUGAAAACGAAGAUCGGCAGAAGCUGAAAGCGUCAUUCUUGAACUUUGACGUCAUGGAUUGCGACUGCUUCAACAAGGAAGACAAGGAGAAAAUGCUGGACAUCAUCCAGACUGCUUUUGGAGAUUUGGCAAAGUUCAACGAUGCAGUGAAGGCAAUUCUGGAUGAUAUACAAUGGACAAGUGUGUUUGAAGAGGAGCGUCAGUGGAAAGACCCAUUCUCAGAAGUGCCUGCAGACAGCCCUGUUUCUGAUGCGCCGGCCGUCUGUUCUUGGAGUCGUGCGGCGGUGCACACCCCGAUACCCUCGAGGCAGAUAAUUCCAGGACCCUGGGCCAAAGCGCCUGCCGCGUCUGACCUUUCGCCGACAGUCUCUCCGUGGCUCUCACCGAAAGCCGAGGACUUGCCAUGUCCAUUCCAGCCAUCCGAGUCGCGAACCCAGUGA